AUGGCCCUACUAUUGCAAUAUUUCUUGGCUCUAUCUGGCCUCAUAUGCUUCUAUCUUGGACACUCCAUCAUCUACAAUCUUUUCUUUCACCCUUUCCGCAAGUUCCCCGGCCCCCCGCUGGCCAAGAUCUCUCGGGUCUGGAGUAGACGGGCGAACUUCCAGGGGCUCAAGUACAUGAGAAUCCACGAAGCCCAUCAAAAGUACGGUGCCGUUAUCCGAAUUGGACCAAAUGAGCUAUCUUUCGCAGACCCUUUGGCAAUCCGAGAUAUUUACACCACAGAUGAUUUCCAAAAAGAGGAAUCUUUCUACUUUUCUAAACGAGGUUAUGAAGAAGAUCACCUUUUUAGUUUUACAAACCCUGAAGCGCAUAGCCAACGUCGUAAACUACUAUCACGCGGGUACUCUCAGCGCAGUUUGCUAGCUAUCGAGCAAGAACUUUCUACAAAGAUCCAAAUAUUUCUCCAAGUUAUCGGUAAAGACAGUGCAGAUGGGAAGCCAGUCGACAUAUACAACCGAGUGCAUCUCUUGUCAUUUGAUGUAGUUUACUGGUUACUAUUCGGAGAUGACCCAAAGUCAUUAGAGUCAGGAGGAGAGCACAAAGUCCUGUCCUACUUCCGAGCCUGGAGGCCCAUCUUCAUUUAUAAGGAGUUCUGGCCUCAAUUGGAGAAGAUCGGUAUCUACCUGCCGGGAGCACUUGGUGAAAACUUCCGCAAAGUCAAGGCAUGGAAGGAGUACUCCGUCGAUCUUAUCAGGAAGUGCCGCCAGAACACUGUCGUCACUCCGUUCUUUCGGUCCGUUCUCUAUGGGGAAAAGGAUGGCUAUCUCGACCGACCACUCACGGACUCAGAAGUGGCCGAGGAAUGCAUGAGCGGGAUGUUUGGAGGAACUGGGACGACGGCAAACACCUUCGUUUUCCUGCUUUGGGCCACGCUCCAGCACCCGGGGGUAGUUGAAAAACUCAAAGCCGAGCUGAGAGCCGCCAUUCCAAACGUUGGAUCUGUUCCAGACUAUCAGGCGGUGAUAAACGAAACCCUUCGCCUGUACCCAACCAUCGUUGCCAUAAUCCCAAGAAUCGCCAUGCGGGAUACCUCUGUCGCCGGUGUUCACAUUCAGAAAGGAACUAUUGUUGGAAUACAAAACUACACAAUACACCGGUGGGAACCUGCAUUUCCCGAGCCAGAAAGGUUCAUCCCAGAUCGGUGGCUCGAUGACGAGAAUAUUGAACAACGGAAGGAGGCAUUUGUACCAUUCUCCGUUGGUUCUCGAAGAUGCAUCGGGAUAAAGUGA